AACCUCUACAAUGUUCUUGAAAUUACACACCCACCUCCUAGAUCCUUAGCUAAAAUCACAGCUAUUAAAAUAGUAAAAGUUAUCUGGCUCUGUUGCUGCAAAGAUAAUCAGUGGAUUAUGGCCGUCAAUAUCAAUCCCUCCUAUAUCAAUCUGAAGAUAUCCAGUUCCUUGAGCAGCUUUGGCUCUGAGAAGAGGUACCCCAGCUCUGUACUCAUCGGAGAACUAAAGGGCAAGCUAGAGCUGGUGACUGGGGCUACGGCAAGCAUGAUGCAGCUGCAGUUGUUUGAUAAAGAUGGGAAGAUGAUAUGUGAAGUGGACAAUGAUGAAGCUACCCUGGAGUCAUAUCCUGUCAAAGACGGGUACAGAAUUCAUGUGAUUAACAAGGACCCUAGUCAAUUGGGACAGUUCGAAGAUACUUCCAGAGUUGAGAAGUAUGAAAUAUCUGAGGAUGAAUACAGUAAAAGAACAGACUCUGUACAAGCAUUCAAGAAACGCAUGAAGCUGGGUAGGUUUGCAGAUAAGGACCCAGCGGCCGAGGCCGAGGCAGCUGCUCAGCUGGAGGAGGAGAGACUUCUGGCCGAGAGUAUCGUUGUGGCAUCUCGUUGUGAGGUCUCUGUGGCUGGAGGAAUGGCAAGGAGGGGCACAGUUAUGUAUACUGGAAAGACCGAGUUCAAGUCAGGCUACUGGGUGGGAGUCAAGUAUGAUGAACCUGUGGGCAAGAAUGAUGGAAGUGUUGGAGAGAAGAGGUAUUUCACCUGUCCACCAAAGUAUGGUGGAUUCACUAAACCAAAGAAUGUGCAAAUAGGAGACUUUCCAGAGGAAAACUACAGUGACGAUGAAAUGUAGCUACUGCCUCCUAGGGCUAGGGUUCUGCUGCAUGUAUACCAUUUUUAUCUGCUGAUACUUAUUUAUUCUUGCUUUGAACGGCUCGUAAUCAAGUGGUUGGCGUGCCAAUUCGCAAUAAUUAGAAACGCAAUCACGCUUGUCAUUCGCAAUUGGGUCGAUGUUUUUAAUUACGGUAGCUUGUUUGUGGGCGUGGUGUCUUCUCUCUGGAAAGAAAAUAAACUAAAGAUAAUUCUUCUGUUCCUGUGUUUCAAGAGUCGUCAUGUUGAGUGGCUUUGUGAGUGGGGUGAAACGAACACUACCUUUCUUUAUGCCCCUGAGGUCCCUGUGUGUGUCAUUUGGCAUCACUGGCUACCUCAUCUACAAGUUACCCAUCUCAGCGGAGGCCAGGGCGAAGUCAAAGUUCCUCCACCCUGAGCUCGGACAUUAGACCACACCCACCAAGGACUAUGUAGCCUAUUUAUGUACUCUCGUGUUGGUCGUUAGAUGUCUGUACAAAUACGUUUGGCCAGUACAGUUGUUUGUAUCUUUUGUUUCUGCCUCACAAGAGAUUGUAAAUAUUGACCAAGUUGAUGAAACAAUAUAAUUAAUUAUUGA